AUGGCCGAUACAGCUAUUAGCGCUACUAUUCAGGUUGCAUUGGAGACGGUUAUUUCCCUUUCCGCUGAUCGUGUUAGUUUGGUUCUUGGAUUCAGAGAGGAGUUGAAGAGAAUAUGCAACACUGCUGAAACCAUCCGAGGUAUCCUGGCUCAUGCCGAUGGGAAAAUGCAUAUCCCAGGGAUGAAAAAUUGGCUCAAGCAGCUUGAAGGAGAGCUUUUUGAAGUGGAGAAUGUGCUGGACGAACUCAACUAUGAAACUCUACGUCGGGAGGUGAAGUAUAGAAAUAAACUCAAGAAGAAGGUAUGCUUCUUCUUCUCGUACUUUAAUACAAUUGGUUCUCGUUCAAGGUUGGCUUCAAAGAUCAGGGAGAUCAACAGGAACCUAGAAAGGAUCAAUCAGGAAGCAAAUAACUUUGGAGUGGUCUCCCAGUUCCAUAUUGAAGCCUCACUCCCUGCUGCUUCUGGAGCCACAGCAAGCCGACAAACCGACUCUAUUCGUUCUUUCUGUUAUUCCAUAACAGGCCCGGGAGGUUUGGGAAAGACAACUCUGGCGAAAUCAGUCUACAAUAAUCCAAAAAUAGAUGGGCACUUUGGCCAAAAAAUUUGGGUUUGUGUGGCUAAAGAACACAUUAAGAUAAUGGAGCUGUUCAAGCUCAUUUUGGUACAAUUGACACGAGAAGAAGUUAAAGUGGAUAACAGAGAGGUUAUCGUUAAAGAAAUUGGAGAAAAGCUGAAGGGAAAAAAAUAUUUCCUUGUUCUUGAUGAUGUGUGGAAUCAUGAUCAAGGAUUGUGGAGUGAUUAUUUCAACACUUUGAUGGGACUCAACGAAACCAAAGGAAGCUGGUGUCUUCUCACUACUCGGUUGAAACCAGUGGCUGAUGUUGUAUGUACACAUUUGAAGAUGAAUAGCGGUCCUUAUUUCUUAGGAAAGCUAUCAGGUGAUGAGUGCUGGUCCAUCAUAAAAGGAAAGGUGAUGAGUGCAGGGGAAGAAGUACCAGAAGAAUUGGAAGCAUUGAAGAAGCAAAUUUUAGGGAGAUGCGAUGGCCUACCCUUGGCGGCAAGUUUGAUUGGUGGCUUGUUGCUUAACAACAGAAGAGAGAAGUGGCACUCCAUUGUGCAGGAGAGUCUUUUGGAUGAAUGUCAAAGUGAGAUUGAUCAAAUACUUAAGGUGAGUUUUGAUCAUUUGUCACCUGCAUCAGUUAAAAAAUGUUUUGCAUAUUGUUCAAUUUUCCCCAAGGAUACAGAAUUGAAACAAGAUCUAUUAAUUGAGCUUUGGAUGGCGGAAGGUUUUGUUCAACCAGAUCGCCAAAACCAAAGAUUGAUGGAGGAAAUAGGGGGCGAUUAUUUGAGGAUUUUGUUACAAAAUUCCUUACUGGAAAAAGUAGAAGAGUAUUGGAGAACAUAUUAUAAAAUGCAUGAUCUCGUGCAUGAUUUUGCAAAAUCAAUUCUCAAUCCUAAAGGCAGCAGCCAGGAUGGCUACCUUGCAUUGGACUCUUCUAAAGGUUUGGCAGAAAAUACCACAAGGACAAUACCAGCAUCAAUUCACACAUUAUUUCUCCAUCUAGAGGGUGGCGUAUCUACUGACAUGCUUUUAAGAUUCAAGUGCUUGCAUGUUCUCAGAUUGUAUGGCGAUGAUGUCAAGUUUCUGCCGAGCUCCAUUGGCAAACUACUACAUUUGCGGUUGCUCGACAUUUCAUAUUCUGGAAUCAGAAGUUUGCCGGAAUCUCUUUGCAAGCUAUAUAAUCUGCAGACACUAACAAUGAGAGAUUAUGCACUUGAAGGAGGUUUUCCAAAACGGAUGAGCGAUUUGAUCAGCUUGCGACAUCUAAACUACUACCAUGAUGAUGCAAAAUUGAAAAUGCCGGCGCAAAUGGGACGAUUGACUUGUCUUCAAACUCUACGGUUCUUUAAUGUAAGUCAGGAGAAGGGUCGUGGUAUCGAAGAGCUUGGGACCUUGAAAUAUCUGAAAGGAUCGUUGGAGAUAAGAAAUCUUGGACUAGUGAAGGGCAAAGAAGCAGCUAAACAAGCAAAAUUGUUCGAAAAGCCAGAUCUGUCUCGCUUGGUGUUUAAAUGGGAGAGUGGGGAUCGGGAAAGCGAUAACCGUGAUGAGGAUGUGUUGGAAGGUCUCCAACCUCACCCAAAUUUGCAAAGGUUGGAAAUUCGAUAUUUUAUGGGUAAUAAAUUUCCGCAAUGGUUUAUGAAUUUGUCAAAAUUGGAGACAUUACGGAUACAAAAGUGCAAGAGAUGCAGUGAACUCCCCUCAUUAGGACAACUGCCAUCCCUCAAAAUUCUCUAUUUGGAGGGAUUGGACAACAUUCGAUUUAUUGGAGAUGAAUUCUACGGUAUUACUGCUAAUGAGGAGGAGGAGGAGGAGGAGGGCAGAUCACGAGCAUCAGGGAGCAUCAGUAGAAGGCGAAAAUUCUUUCCUGCCCUUGAAGUACUCUAUGUAGAAUAUAUGGAGAAUUUGGUAGAGUGGAAGGAUGCAGACCAAGUGAGGUCAACAGUAGCAGAUGUCUUUCCCAUGCUGAGGAAUUUGAGCAUUGAAGGUUGCCCCCAGCUGACCGCUCUUCCAUGCUCGUGCAAAAUUCUAGACGUGGGGAAUUGCGGUAAUCUAACAAGUAUAAAAAUGGGUUACGGCACUGCUUCUAUUGAGCAGUUGAGUAUCGGAUAUUGCGACAAUCUUAGGGAGCUGCCAGAUCUGGAUCUGUUUGGAUCGAGUUUGCAGCAUUUGACCAUCGUCGGGUGCCCAAGAUUAAUCAGUCUAGGAGUAAAUGGACAGAAAUGCCCCCUACCAUGCCUCGUGAAAUUGAGUAUUGUUGAGUGCGAUGGGUUGACCGCUAUAUCCGACAAAAUGUUCCAGUCAUGCCGGUCUCUGCGGUCCCUGUCGGUGGAGUGUUGCCCCAAUCUGGUAUCAUUUUCGCUUAAUUUGCAGGAGACGCCAUCUCUCGAGCGAUUCAUCUUAGACAACUGUCCCAAAUUGAUCCCUCAUAGUUUCAAAGGAUUUGCUUUUGCCACCAGCUUAAGAGAAUUGAGGAUCAACAGUCCCUUCUCCUCAGAUGAUUCCUCAGUCGAUGAUUUUGAUUGGUCUGGUUUAAGAUCUGCAUCAACACUCCGUGAGCUUCGCUUACGAGGGUUGCCUCACACGGAGUCCCUGCCACACCAGCUUCAAUACUUGACUACCCUCACUUCACUAACUCUUCACAACUUUGGAGGAAUAAGAGUGCUACCGGAUUGGAUUGGAAACCUUGUGUCCCUUGAAACCCUAGAGCUAUGGGAUUGCGACAAGCUUCAGUCUUUACCACCGAGGCCGCCAUGA